CAGGGGCGUCUCCAGAGCGACACGGUUGGUAAGCCCUCCUUCCGGGAUACUACGAGAUCCUAGUUCUCUGUGGUUGUUCAAGUCCUUCCAGUUUCAAAUAUUAUCUGCAUUCUAAUGUGCCACCCUGUAAGGGUGUUAGUUGGUAUGCUUAAUCAGAGCUGUUUGAAUGCACGAGCCUCUAUUGUCACCUUGAAUGGACACAAAGCGAAGAGUACCCUGCCGUGACUGUCUGCAGAGACACGGGGCUUAACCGGGCUGAGAUGAUCAAUGAGAAAUAACAAAAAGCAAAUCCACCAUGUUAUUGUAUCAUAAGUAUCUACUCUCUCCUGCGGCUGAAUCAUUGAAAGAUUAGAUGUCAAGUACUUUAGGAGAUAUAGAUGGGAGAUGACCCCUUUACAGAUGCACCCCCUUUAAGCCCUUAAAGAACUGCAGAGUUAGUCCAUGAAUUAUAUUAGAUGCAACAUUUGAAAAGAGGAAAUUCACACUUCCAAAAAUAGAGAAUAAGUUAACCUUUUCAAAAUGGGUAAACUACAAUGCUUACUCAUUAUAUGGAAUAGUACAUAUUUGGUCUGUAGAAGCUAAAUUAACACUACCUGAUGUUUUAGUUGCAUGCCAUUGUUUAGACGAGAUAAAAGUGGACAAAAUAGCAGAAGUAGCAGUAAAUCAAACACAUACAAAGGUCAAUUAUGGGCCCUGAGACUCAGGUAGUUGCCCGUGCCACCCAGACCUGGCUGCAGUCAUCUUGGCAUAUCCAGGUGCCCACCACCUGGGUGGCGGCCUGCGUGGAGUGGCUGCAGGAAGAGGCAGGAGGAGCUGGUCGUCUAUCACAGCAGCAAAUUAACCAGCAGGUGCUGGACCAGUGGUUGUUGACAGACCUGAGAGACCUGGACCACCCUGUUCUUCCUGAAGGGAUCAGUCAGGCCCAGAAGACUGAACUGAGUGGAAACUUCUGUGUCCAGGUUGACUCGUUACUGGACGUCAGUCAGCCUGUGUACAGUCAGCUGCUGAGCUGGAGGGGAACCGACCGCACCAACGACGAGGUGUCCGCUGUCACACAGUACACACAGAGGCCCUGGGAGGCCAAACCAACACGUAUGCUACUACUGCAGGUGACCGAUGGAGUCCAGAGUUUGGAGGCGAUGGAGUAUCAGCCUAUCCCUGCACUCACUGCAGAUCUCAGACCUGGUGUGAAGCUGCAGUUGAAGGGCCGGAUGGUUUGCAGACUCGGGAUGCUUCUGUUGGGGUCGUCCAACAUCAAGAUCCUGGGUGGUGAAGUGGAGGACCUGGUGGAGAGGAAUAAUAAAGGCCGGAUACUUUGUCGGACUCUGGGACUUCCUGAAGAGGAGCCGCAGCAGCAGGAGGGGGAAGGGGCCCCACAACCCCAACAUGGUAACCCAGAAGUGGAGGACCUGGAGCUUGAGGAUGCAGAGUUGUUGGCCAGUGUAGAGACGCAGGAGGAGGUUGAGAGAGUCCCUGCUAGGUAUAUUCAAGACAGUGGCUACAGAACCCUCAGUCAGAUCUCCACUCAGUCCUCCAGAAACUCUUCUGUCAGGAGCCUGCACUCCACAGCCUCAUCCAGAAGCGAUGUCUCGGCCCGUUCUCACAGAAGUGUCUCAACCCAAAACAGCAGAGGUGGUCCUCUCCAAGAUCGUCCCCACAAUAUCAGACAAGAUGACUCAGACCUCUCUGACCUUGCACCUCCUGAAGGCUCCACCCAACAAGACAUCCCAGACCACAGCAUGAUAGAUGAAGACUUCCCUGAUGAAGACUUUGAUGACCUUCCCCUGGAUGAGUUGGACAGUGUGAUUGUUGAACAGAGUACAGAUGUGAGUAGCAGCAGUCACAGGAGCACAGAAAAUCCUAGCAAAGUAAUACAACCGCAAACUUCCAACAGCUCAGGACCAUGGCUUGGCUCCAGUGACUCCAGGUUCCCCUUGCAGAAAAGAGACAAUCAAGGCUGUGGUCGAGGGGCUACAGAGCAGUUUCACUCUACAGCUGCAAAGCCAUCAGGGCAACCAGAAUCUGUUAGUAAUGAUGAGAGUGAUUUCAUGGAUGUAGAUAUUGACUGCUUCCUGCAGGAGGCAGAAGCAGGGAGGACGGGAGCGUCAAAUCAGCUCCCUGUUCAACAAAAACCAGGUGAAGCCAAAACCAAAACUUUAAGCUACAAUUGUGGAUUCAUCAGCAGCUCAUUAAAAACUGAAACACACCAGGGAGAAAGUAGCACCUCAAGCACUGUUGAAGCUGAUAGACUUUUGGCUGAAAAAAAAGCACAAAGUGAAAGCUCAGGUCUCGUUUUUACCUUGACCUCUCCACCUUUUACAUAUUUAUGCCUGCUGGAGGAGCAGAUGUCCAAACAAAACAAGCAGCCUGCAGAGAUCUGUGUCAAAGCUUUUAUUGUGACUCUGUUGGGAAAACUGAGCAGCAGCAGUGGUCUUUGGCGUGUCUGCGCCAUCUCUGAUGGAACAGGUUACCUGGAUGUAGAGCUGUCCAAUGAGGUUUUGACUGGCCUUCUGGGCUUCUCAGUGGCAGAAAAAGCAGUUCUGAAGCGAGACCCGUCUCGAAAAGGGCAGCUUGAUGCCGGGAUGAAGCGGUGUCAGGAGGAGCUGGUGGAUAUGUGCUGCGUUAUGACCAUCGUGGUUGAGCCAGAAGGCAGAAAAGCUGUGGUUACAAAGGCAGACCCGGUCAGCGAGAAAGUGCUUCAGGAGCUGGAGCAGAGGGUGAGAGAAAGGAAAUAAACACAGCAGAGGUUGAGAGGAAGUGGGCAGUAACGAGGAAAUUACAGAUAGCUGAGAAAUGUAUUGGCCUUAAGCAUAGAUGAAAAAUUGCCGGGGGGAAAAUGAACCCAAAAUAACUGCACAUUGAUAGUGCCUUGACUGUUUCCUUCAUGUAAGGUAAUUUUUUUUUUUUAGAAUUGUGAGGAACCUGCUCCUCUCUCUCUGAUUCAAUGAGCAGAAUGUGUGAACUGUCUGAUCAGCAGGCACUGUGUUGAAAUGCAUCCCAUCUGCUACAUGUGAAUUUGACAUUCUGUCAUUUGUCAUUAGAGGAAAUCAUUCAUCUAUUCAGGGAGCUAUUUUCAGCUUCAGCUUCAGCUUCAGCUCCAAUGCAUCGCUCCCAUAGAAGAAAGAUUAGGAAUGUAUCUUGCACUGUAUAUCAGCGAUAAACAUUACCGGUGUACAAAAACGGAAAAAUAACAUAAUCCCGAGAAGAGUGAGAAACAAGAGAUGAGAGCAGGGAAUGUGUGGCGGGAAAGAAAAGAAAUUAAAUUCUGAUUGUGGUAAUGAAUUUGACGCCUUUGCAUUUAUUCAGUACAUCCAUUUCUUCUGACUGACAAAUGAUUGAAUAGCCAAGGGCAUUGUGGGUCUUCUUUAAACUCUCUCAGAGGAGAAUGAGAGGAGAGGGGAUAGAGAGGCCAUGAACGUUGAUUAUUUCUGCUCAUUAUACAUCCUCAUCUACGAGUUUGUCUUAAAUUAAUACAAAUAGUAGGUUUAAUUCUUUGCCUGUACAUGCUGUAUAUAGUUGUCUAAUUGUUCUGAGGGUUUUAUGAUGGUAUUUGACUAUUGAAGCAUCUGUUAGAAGGACCUUGCUGUUAAUUUAACCUUUAUUUGUUGUGGUAAAUGAGUGUUAUAAUCCUCAAGAUCAGAUAAAUAACCAGACAAAUUAGACUUCAUUUGCUUUGUAAUGAUUUUAUUAAACACACCUCUGGGAUAUACACUGUUUAAGCACACGUAGUAGUAAUUAAAAGCCGCCCCACAGUAUCUUAAAUCUCCCUUUAAGAUGAAACAUCUCAACAAUUUGUACUACACCAUUAAUCUGUGUCUUUCCUGCCAUUAUAAAUGAUAAUUAGUUUGC